AUGAUUGCCGGCGGAGGUGUCAAAUCCUCUGGACCUCCGUUGGGUGCCGCUCCCCCUGUUCCUGGCAUGGCAAAGCCCCCGCCGCCGCCGGGAGGGCUUGCACCACCAGUACCCCCCGGACAGGCCGCCAACCGACUACGGAGUAAUAGCGAUACUGGGUCAGGAGGGGAUAGCGGUACUGCACUGCCAGCAGCGCCCCAACUUGGAGGGCUCUUUGCCGGCGGAAUGCCUAAACUGCGCAGUCGAGGAGGCGUUGACACCGGAGCUAAUCGAGAUUCCCCAUAUCUCUCCGAGACGGACGGGGCACGGCCACCUCCAAAGCCCCCUGUUGCAUCUGCUCCCAAGCCUCCUGGAGCCCGGCCCCCUCCGCCGCCGCCGAGCUCGGAAUCUUCCCCCGCACCUCCCGUCAAUCCCCUAGUCGCCAAUCUGCGGAAACCUCCCCCAAGACCUGCUUCCAGACCGUCAUCGACAAUAUCAACUGCGUCGGUCAAAUCGGCACCCGAUAUCCCACCUCCUCGUGCACCUCCGCCAUUGCCCGGCUCCGCAAAGCAGCCUCCGCCACCCCCCACGAGUUUGCGAAAGCCACCCGCAGCCCCUGCCCCGCCCCCUCCGUCAACAAGCCCGGCUGCACCACCUCCACCCCCGCCUGCAGCUUCUGCUCCUCGACCACCGCCAGCACCUUCGCGAUCUACUCCUCCGCCUCCGCCUCCCCCUGCGGCAUCUGCACCGCAGCCGCCUAACGGGACGAGUGCUUCAUCUAUUGCCGUUCAAGCUGCGCGGAAUGCGCUGGGACAUAGCCAUCAGACACCAUCCGCCCCUCCACCACCACCUCCAGCCGCAUCUGCUCCCUCUGCACCUCCUCCCCCUCCCCCUUCUGCACCACCUUCGGCCCCUUCGACCGCCACCAAUUCAUACGAUAACUACCACCCCGAUCGAUCGACAUUGGACCCGAGUGCUUAUACUCUGAGCAACGGCGGACCACCGGUGGGGUCGAGUCCCGGAAGCGCAGGUCCGCAUGGGUCGACUCGAAUUGACGACAACCGAUUUAAGUUUCAGAGCGAAGGAUUAUUUCCCAAGCCGCGCCCGUUUGUGGGAGCGAUGAUGUAUGUAAAGUGCCUCCUAAGCCGCUAG